AGAUACAUGAAUGCCUAUAUAUAAUAUAAUAUAAUGUAAUAUGCAUGUAAAGUAGAAAAUAUAUUGAAAUUAAAGUAGGUUUAAAAAUCAUGAUUGGCAUACACGUAGAUGUAGACAAAACCAACCAGAAGUGAGAGCCUUUCUUUGGCCCCUUUAAAUACCCACAACUCCUACACUUAAACCCCUGCAAUUCCCCCCUUUCUCAACACAAACAAAAAAAGGAUAAAAGACAGAGUCUUCAAUCUUGCAAAACAUGUGCCAACAAACUUCCUCACCUCCAUCUCCCUACGUCAAAUGCAGUUCAACCCAAAAACAGCCCGAUAUCUUCGGUCCUUUGAUCCCCAAAAAUAAGCAAACAACACCUGAUGUCAAGCCCCACAAAUCUCAUCUCUCUUUAGCCAUAAAGGAAGCCAUUGCUAUAGCCCGAAUCGCGAUUCCGAUGGUCCUCACGGGAAUGUUACUGUAUUCACGCUCCAUGAUCUCCAUGCUCUUCCUUGGUCACCUCGGUGAGCUUUCUCUCGCCGGAGGUUCACUCGCCAUUGGCUUUGCAAACAUCACUGGAUACUCAAUUCUUUCCGGCCUCUCCAUGGGAAUGGAACCCAUUUGUGGCCAAGCUUUUGGUGCCGGAAAACACACACGCCUUGGCCUCUGUUUACAGAAAACCAUUCUUCUUUUACUUUUGACCUCAUUUCCAAUUUCCCUUUUAUGGAUUAACAUGAAAAGAAUCUUGCUUUUUUGUGGGCAAGAUCAAGAAAUCGCAACAAUGGCACAGACUUAUCUGCUUUAUUCCCUCCCUGACCUCUUUGCUCAAUCUUUCUUACACCCAUUACGAAUUUAUCUUCGUUCGCAGUCCAUAACUUUGCCUCUAUCAUUAUGUGCGUUUCUUUCGAUCGUUCUUCACAUACCCAUUAAUUAUCUCCUUGUUACGAAGCUCGGAUUGGGGAUUAAAGGUGUGGCGCUAAGCAGCGUGUGGACGAAUUUCAACUUGGUAGCUUCAUUGAUCAUUUACAUAUUGAUUUCUGGAGUUUACAAGAAAACAUGGGGAGGUGUUUCGAGAGAAUGUUUGAGAGGAUGGAAUUCGCUUUUGAAUUUGGCGGUUCCGAGCUGCAUUUCGGUUUGUCUGGAAUGGUGGUGGUAUGAGAUCAUGAUUUUGCUAUGUGGGUUACUGGUAAACCCGAGAGCCACCGUGGCCUCAAUGGGGAUAUUGAUUCAAACCACCGCGUUAAUUUAUAUAUUUCCGUCGUCUUUGAGCUUCAGUGUGUCAACUCGGGUUGGUAACGAGCUGGGAGCGGGUCGACCAGGUAACGCUAAGCUAGCAGCCAUUGUUGGAUUGUGUUGCAGCUUCGUUUUGGGUUUCUCUGCUCUGUUUUUCGCCGCCGGGGUAAAAGAUUUAUGGGCGGUGAUGUUCACUCAAGAUAAAGAAAUCAUAGCAUUGACGUCGUUGGUUUUGCCGAUCAUUGGUUUAUGCGAGCUCGGAAACUGCCCGCAGACGACGGGGUGCGGCGUUUUGAGAGGUACAGCACGGCCGAGCAUCGGAGCUAAUAUUAAUCUGGGAUGUUUUUACCUGGUUGGAAUGCCGGUGGCAGUGGCGUUGGGAUUCUAUAUGGGGUUUGAUUUUGAAGGGCUGUGGUUGGGCAUGCUGGCGGCGCAGAUGUCUUGUGUGGUGACGAUGUUGGUGGUGUUGUGGCGGACGGAUUGGGAGGUGGAAGCUCAUAGAGCGAAAGAGCUAACACAGGGUGGCGGCGGCGACGAUUUUGUUAACGAUGAUGCUGACAGCGAAGAAAGUAAGGAGGAAAAGUAUAUGUUAAUCAAAGCUGCAAACAAGGAAGAAGAAUCUAUGGGUUUAGGGGAUGAUUUAGUUUAAUAAUUUGAUUGGAUUAGGUAUAUUUAGAAUUUUAUAAUUAGGUAUGUGUUGUAUAGCAUAGAGUGGUUGGGAGGUAUAUUAUUUUCAUCAUCUUUUCUCAUCGUUUAAUGUUAAUCACUAAGAGUGAUUAACCCAAGAAAUGUAGCAGAAAAUAUUUAAUUUUACCUCCUCCAAAAUAAACAUACUUACUUCUAAAAAUGAUC